UUUUUUUUUCCAAAAUGGGCCAGACCAACUCGACACUCGCUCACUCUCCACCGCCUCCACCUCCACCUCCACCUCCUCCAUCUUCUUCUUCUUCUUCUUCUCCCAAGAUGCCCUCGCUCGAGGACCUGCGCGAUAUCCCACAAAGGAUCCUUGCGACCACCAACAAAGCUCUUGGAGACAUUGGAGGCACCCUCGUCUCUAUCGCCAAGCCUGUUGUGUCUUCACUUCCAGGACGCAAAGGAUCUUCUCCCCCGGCACCACUGCUCCCACCGCCACCACCACCUUCAUUUUCAUCGCAGGCCUUACUGUGGACUCGGAGAAAUGCUGGCAGGAUUGCUCUGGGGACUGUGCUCCUUGGCGUGGCAGUCGUUGUGGGAUCUAUGGCCAACAAGGCAAGAAGGAACUAUCGUCGGCAGAAGAGCAAGUUGCGCGUGGUUCGCGCUGCAGAUGGAUCGAGGAGGGAAAUCAUUGUGGUGACGAACGUGGCGACAAUCGAAGGAGAAGCAUUGGCACUGAGUCUGGAAGAACGUGGCUUCAUCGUCUUUGUGGGCGUACCAAACGAGUCGGCAGCAGAGGAGACCCAUGGCUGGGGACGACCUGAUAUCCAUCCGGUUAUUGUCACUGACUACUCUGAUUUUGAAGCCUUGGCGGAUGCUGUGUCUGGGUUUUUGGAGAAGCAGAACUAUGCUCUACAAGAAGCAUCGCUUUCCGAAGCGGAAGCAGCUUCAGAGUCCUCCUCGUCUUCAUUCAUGCUUGUUGGGAACGAACACCUGCCACCACCCUUAGUGAAUGACACGAAGAUAGAGCGAGCCGAUGGUCAAGACACGAUGAAUGUAUCCAACCUUAGCAUCAGCCCUCUGUUCCGUCUAUCGGCCGUCGUUAUCAAUCCACAAGAAGCUGUUGUAGGGUCCAUCGAUACCGUGAGUGUAUUGGCCUGGCGCCGUUGUCUGGACAUCAAUGUCACAGGCACCAUCCUUACUACACAGCUAUUCCUGUCUUUGUUCAAAAGCAAUCCGACCCUGCCUGCACCAAGACGCUCCCCUCGUUUAAUUUUCAUCACAUCUGUGAUUACUGGCACUAUCGGUUUGCCACGCCAGUCCGCGCUCUGUGCUAGCCAUCAUGCGAUUACUUCAAUUGCUGAUUCUUUGAGACGAGAAGUUCAACACAAGGGCAUCGAUGUUGUUUGUUUGAGAGCAGGCAUCAUGGAGUCCUCGCGGCAGCUAAAGCCCAAGCCCGUCGCUGCGAAUGUAGGAGCGUUAGAAGUUUGGUCCUGGUCUGCCAACCCUGUCGAGCUACUCAAGUCUACAUUCCGACAGCCCUCAACUUCUCAGGCGCUGUGUGACGCAACGUUCGACGCUUUGAUGGCGCCUAAACCUGCACUCUCCCAGUUGAUCGGGCAUGCCAGUUAUGUGUACUCAUUUGUAGGAUGGGCUGUGCCCAACAGAGUCAUAGACAAGUCCAUCCAGCACGUCUCUUCUACCAAAGCAAUCUAAAUCUCCACUGUAUCUCCUAGCUUUCUAGUGCUCGCUUCAGCGCUGUUAUUAGAAAAUUCAUUGUGUCCAU